AUGCGAGAUGAUGUUCAGUUACCACAUCCUGAACGGUAUAUCACCGUAUAUUCUCAGAAAUUCAUAACAACACUGGAUGACAUUAGUUCGAACGAGUCUGGAGAUUACCAGUGUAUUGCCAAAUCGAAAGAUGGCCUCAUUUCUCGAAGUUAUACGUUACAUAUCGAAGUAAACGCAGUAGUCGCUCCUCACAUUGUUGAAGCAGAAGAAGAAUAUGAACAUUUGGCGAAAUACGGGGAAAGGACAGAACUUGCAUGUCCUAUUGAGGGAGAGCCAGAACCACUUUAUAAAUGGUUUAAAAAUGGUAUUGAAUACAGUGGCUAUGGCAGUUUGACAAAGAAAAUUGAUUUCCCUCGAGUUAUUGUUGAAGAUAAAGCGACUUACACAUGCGUUGCAAAAAAUCGUGCUGGUUCACAACAAUUAACCAAUGAGCCAACGUAUAUUCGGUCAUCAAAAUAUUGGUGGACUCUUGGUUUUGCAACAGUUAGUGUAUUUGUCUUACUCCUUCUGGCACUUGUUUUUCUGUUGAAACAGCGUCGCAAAGGUAAGCGACAAGAGGAACAACUGCGUGCACUUUACAAUCAGCUGAUGAGCGAGUCGAAUGGAGAAUAUCGCGGUGGAUCGAUUGAUCUGAAGCAGCCAUUACAUGAACGCGUCGAACAGUUACCUUAUGACCGCAGAUAUGAAAUUAGCAGGGACAAGCUUUUUUUUAAGCAGUCACUUGGUGGAGGACAUUUCGGACAAGUCUACUUGGGUGUACUCCACAAAUCUCGGGUGAGCGACUCGUUAGCUGUGUCAGAUGUGCUAAAAGUGGCUAUCAAAGCUCCACGUGAUGGACGUAAUUUACAUCAUCAAAAGGCUCUUGCUGAUGAGCUGAAAAUAAUGAUCGCUAUUGGUAUUCAUCCAAAUGUUCUGUGUUUGAUCGGCGCCGUGACGAAACAAAUGUCCAGUGGACAGCUCUAUGUGAUAAUGGAAUAUUGUGAGAAUGACAACUUGAAAGAGUAUUUGUCGAAAAAUAGUGCAGGUUUUCUGAAUGAAGUUGAAUUAUGUAGAGAACCACUGAGCAGCGAUGGAUACUUGACGCCAACACGGAACGCGCAACAUGAAGCCCAAAUAUACUUGGCGGAACUGAAGCCUCAGUGGGCCAUUGAAGUAGAUGAGGCGCGGAUGGCUGAUAAAAUGAUCACCACAAGUGAUUUGAUCUCAUUUGGAUACCAAGUUGCCAACGGGAUGGAGUACCUAUCCAGUAAAACGUGUAUUCAUCGAGAUAUUGCUGCCCGAAAUAUCUUGGUUACAAAGAAACGAGCCAUACGCAUAGCAGAUUUUGGUUUAGCACGUAAGGACUCUACAGUUUAUCAUAUACGAAGCAGUCAAAAUGUACCGCUGCCUCUUAAAUGGAUGGCAUUAGAAUCAAUUUUAUACCAUAAUUUCACUGAACAGUCUGAUGUUUGGUCCUAUGGUGUGCUAUUAUGGGAAAUAUUUUCUCUUGGUAAAAUACCAUACCCACAAGUAGACAAUGAUGAUCUUGUGAGCUAUUUGCAAGAAGGAAAUCGUAUGGAACAACCCAAAUUUGCUCCAGAUGACAUAUACAACCUGAUGAGACAGUGUUGGCUUUCGGAUCCUAGUGACCGACCCAUGUUCUCCGAAUGUAAAAUUUUAAUGAAAACACAUCUUUCACGUGCUUCUUCACCGUUGAGCAGACGGCUAGACAAAGUGUUGGAAGAAGACCAAAUUUUGAUGGAGCGGUACAGCGAAUGGCGUGAUUCAGAGGAGAUUGAACAAGAUCUUAGGGGGCAAGCUACUCGAAAUGGGUUUAUUGCUGUUCCGACGCAAGAACCGCAGGCGAAUUCCAAUAUAUACAUGUAG